CAUCUUGGAGCAGCGCUGACUAAAGACGUUCCCCUCAGCCUUUGCGGGAAAAGUCACGGCCAACGCCGAUCAGUGUGGUAAGAAAAAACACGUAACAACAAUAAAGGAAAAACAAUGUUUGGCCCGGGCGCAGCACCAAUCGUCGUUCUCAGCCAAAACACGAGGCGUGACUCCGGCAGAAAAGUACAGAGAGAGAACAUCCAGGCGGGCAAGGCAAUCGCCGACGUGAUCAGAACAUGCCUGGGUCCGCAAGCCAUGUUGAAGAUGUUGAUGGAUCCGAUGGGCGGCAUCGUGAUGACAAACGACGGCAACGCGAUUCUGCGCGAGAUCACCGUGCAGCAUCCCGCUGGAAAGUCCAUGAUAGAGAUCGCUAGGACGCAGGAUGAAGAGGUGGGCGACGGCACGACCUCGGUAAUUGUCCUGUCGGGCGAGAUCUUGGCUACCGCUGAACCGUUCUUGGAACAAAACAUGCAUCCUACCGUCAUCAUAAGAGCGUACCGUCAGGCUCUGGAGGACAUGGUGACCAUUCUUAACGAACAAAUCAGCGUCGACUUGGAUUGCGACGACAAGGACAAGCUGGUUCAAGUAAUAAACUCGUGCACGGGCACGAAAUUCAUCAGACGCUGGUCCGAGUUGGCUUGCCAAAUCGCUCUGGACGCCGUUCAUACGGUGAUGCUCGAGGAGAAUGGCAGGAGAGAGAUCGACAUCAAGCGUUACGCCAAGGUGGAGAAGAUACCCGGCGGCACCAUAGAGGACAGCACUGUCCUCAAGGGUGUCAUGAUCAACAAGGAUGUGACGCAUCCCAAGAUGAGACGUUACAUCAAGGAUCCGCGAAUAGUGCUGCUGGAUUGUCCGUUGGAGUACAAAAAGGGCGAAUCUCAGACCAACAUAGAGAUAAUGAAGGACGUCGAUUUCACAAAGAUUCUGGAACUGGAGGAGGAACACGUGAAGAAGAUCUGCGAGGAUGUGAUUUCGGUCAAGCCAGACGUCGUGAUAACGGAGAAGGGUAUAUCGGAUCUCGCUCAGCAUUAUCUCGUGAAAGCCGGUGUAUCCGCGAUACGCAGGCUACGUAAGAGCGACAUCAACAGGAUUGCCCGCGCCUGCGGUGCCACCGUCGUCAAUCGUACCGAAGAACUCAAGGAAGAGGACGUUGGCACGGGAGCCGGUCUCUUCGAGAUCAAAAAGCUCGGCGACGAUUACUUCUGCUUCAUCACCGAGUGCAAAGAUCCUAAAGCCUGCACCAUCGUUCUGAGAGGCGCCAGCAAAGACAUCUUGAACGAGACCGAGAGGAACUUGCAGGAUGCGCUGCACGUCGCUAGAAAUCUCCUCAUCGAUCCAAAGCUCGUACCAGGUGGCGGAGCAGUGGAAAUGGCAGUGUCCCGGCUCUUGACGGAAAAGGCGGCAGGUCUCGCGGGUGUCGAGCAAUGGCCGUACAAAGCGAUCGCACAGGCCUUGGAGAUCAUCCCCAGGACGCUGGCGCAGAAUUGCGGCGCAAAUACCAUCAGAACUCUGACGGCGCUGCGCGCCAAACACGCGACGGAGGGUACUACUUGGGGCAUCGAUGGAGAAACGGGGAAAUUGGUCGAUAUGAGGGAGCGCGGUAUAUGGGAGCCGCUCUCUGUAAAGCUACAGACGUAUAAAACGGCGAUCGAGACUGCCAUUCUAUUGUUGAGAAUAGACGACAUUGUGUCGGGAAGUAAAAAGAAGAAAAAUGAGAACGAGACCGCGCAGCCGAGUCAAGUUACGGAGGAAUCUAUGAAAGAAUAAUCAUAUUUUCGAUAGCCAUUGGAGCCUAAUCGCUUUGCGUUUACCCUUAACAUUCUAUUAUUUUCCACUUUUGCGUCUUUGUCGAAUUUUUUAUUUCCUCUGUACGCAUUCUCAAAACAAUAAAAACAAGUGCCCGCCUC